AUGGCUAGCAGCAAUGAUAAAAAUGCAAAGAAGGAAAAUCAGCAUUUACCACGAUAUAUAACGAGUAAACCAUGGUAUUAUAACGGAGACAAAUCAGAAGAUUAUCUGUCUCAUCAUCGACAAUCUCAUAACGAGGGAAAUCUCUUAGAUAUCGAGAAUAAUAAUGAAGCGAAACAUGGUCUUGGUAUUCAUGAUACUUUUAUAAAUAAUAACAAGGGAAUAAAUCAAAAGAAGAGGACAGGUAAACCAACAUGUACAAACUGUGGGAGCUUUGAUCAUAUAAAGAAGGAUUGUAUGGAAAGACCAAGAAAAAUGCAACAAAUCAAAAAUAUGGCAAGUAGAAUACCGCUUAAUGGACAAGUCAUGAACGAUAAAGAGAUGGAUUGGGAUGCUAGAAAGGAUAGAUGGUUUGGUUAUUCUGGCAAAGAAUACAAUGAUACCUUAGCUAAAUGGGAAGCAAAUAAAAUCCAAGGUAAGAAUAGUAGUAAUAAUAAUAAUCAGGGUGAUAACCAAGGCGAAUAUGAUACGGAUGAAGAAGUUGAAUAUACCAAAUUACAAUUAGGAAAUUAUAAGCGGAUCAAAGAAAGUGAAAAUAAAGAAAAAGGAAGUACAGCAAUUCGUAUACGGGAGGAUAAAGCAGCAUAUUUGAAUGAUUUGAAUUCAGAGACUACGAAUUAUGAUCCAAAAUCAAGAUUAUAUAAAGAUAAUAAUUUAGGUGCAGUUGAUGAAAAAUCAAAUAUGUUCCGUAGACAUUUGACAGGUGAAGGUCUUGAAUUUGACGAAUUAAACCAAAUGGCAAGGAGUAAUGCCAGAAAGGAAGGAAUCAGGGAUGAAGUUAAGAAUGUUAAGAAAGUGGAACAUGUUCUUAUUGCAAAUCCAACUAAAUAUGAACAAAUGAUGAGGAAUGAAAAAUCUAUGAAAUUGAAUGGACAGAAUACCACCACAAAUGAACCAAAUAUUGGGAAAGGUGAAGCAAAGAAAAAUAAAGGCAAAAAACAGGAUAAAAAAUCAAUGGAUCAAUUAAGAAGUAUGUAUAAAUAG